UUAUAUAUAUACAUAUAUAUAUACCCCUAUCUAAGUAUCGCCUCCUCAUAAUUCUUUCAGCCUUUAAACCCUCUUUGUUCAAAUCAAUACGCAGUCCCAUUUACUAACUCAUCAUGUAUUCAUCAAACCCAAGUUCAACAGAGCAGUACUCCCAUGCGCCACCACCAUUUGCUCAGGCCACCGUGACUGGUGUUCCAAUGAACUCGACAAGCCAAUACCACGAGAAUUCCCAGCAAGCUUCAUUUCAAGCUCCAGUCCCUUGGUCCUCUGGCCUCUAUGACUGCUGCCAUGACGUCUCAAAUUGUUGCCUGACAUGCUGGUGCCCAUGCAUUACCUUUGGUCGAAUUGCAGAUAUUGUUGAUAAAGGAUCAAAAUCUACUGGAUUUAGUGAAGUAGUUUACGCACUAAUUGCCAAUUUGAUUGGUUGUGGAUGCUUGUACUCGUACCCCUAUCGCACAAAAAUCAGGCAGCAGUACAUGUUAGAGGAGAGGCCUUGUGGGGAUUGCUUGGUUCAUUUCUGCUGCGAGCCAUGUGCCUUAUGCCAAGAGUAUCGUGAGCUUGAAGCCCGCGGAUUCGACAUGACCAUAGGCUGGAAAGGAAAUGUGGAGCAACGAACUGGUGGAGUGAUGGCUACAACAGCUCCAGUGUUCCAAGGAAGCAUGAAUCGCUAGAAUAUUGAUCAAACAUCGAUCUAUGAUCUUAUUGUUGAUUGGCCUAUUAAUAAUUAAGAAGAUUCAUAAGAUUUGUGUCCUCGGGUAAUGAUUGCAAUAAUAAGACUACUGCUGUAUCUGUUAAGAGCUCCAUUUUUUCGUUCGCUAGUAUUGGCCAUUUGUUUUGUGGCACGUGCCACCAUGUGUAAUAAAGAUAGAUGAAGGUGUUUGCUUCAUAUGUAAUAAAAGAUAGAUGAAGGUGUGCUUCAUUUUGUG